AUGUCGUCCUUAUUGUUGCGUCGUAAGCGCGCUCAUUACGCACGGCUCCGGUGUGCUGCAGGUGUACCGGUCCCUCCCACCAGGGAAACUCCUGUCAGACAGACCCGACUGCUUGACAGUCGGCAGUUGUGCAUCGCCGAGGGGGAGCGUGAUAAGAAGUCUCCAGAUUUUCAGGGAAAUAAAGAGGAUCUUCCCGGAUCGUUGGACAAGCUACGACAGCUUAUAGAAGAGAAAGUUAACUUCUUACAGUUACCCAUCACUCAGGAACAGCUGGGUUUGCUGCGUGAGGAGGACACAGGAGGAGAAGAACUGUGGAAGUUUGCCGUUCUAAGUCGGGAGCUGACCUUUCACCUCCAGCAGCUACAGAGACAGACAGAGCAGGAGCUCAGCAACAUACGAACACAACUGUGUCAGAUCAAAGGCCGCCAGCAGCAGCUGACCACUGAGCUGUCUGAUCUUCAGGAGAAGAAGAAACGGGCAGAACGACAGCUGAACAGAAGCUCCUUCCUGCAGACCGCCACCUUUCAGCCGCACGUCUGUCGGGAGCUUCAGCCGCGCAUCACCGAGCGUUUGGUCCAAUCUGAGAGGCUGCUCUUCCAGGAGCAGGCACUGACCGCCCUGCACAACCUACUCACCCAAGACCUGCAGAGGUACCAGCAGGAGACCAAAGAACUCACCUGCUUCACACACAAGAUACUCACAACACCCCAAAGAUCAGACAGUGAUAUGCAGGGAAAGAACGAGACGGAACAGGAGAACAGCAUGCACACGCCUGAUUCCUCUCCGACCCAGUCGCCGCUUAGUCCUCUGACUGCUAACGAAGAGGAGGCAGAGCAGGUCUAUCAAGCCACUUAUAGGAAACCGACCGUAGAUCUGUCCCGUGGUUCAAACCUGCAACGAGCUGGCAGCGUCAAAGACCUGAUCAGUAGAUUCUCCGGUUCAGAUUACGUUGUGUCUUCCUGCUCGAAAAAGAGCCAUUCUUCUGGACCCGACACAGUCCCAGAGUCUGCUUCGAUGGAGACUCUCAGCUCCUCAAAGUCAAGCCCAUCCUCACCGAGCAGUGCAGGACAAGAUGGAAGCUCAGUUCCCAGCAUUUUAGUGACUUCCUGCAGAGAAACCCACCAUGAUGGGAUUGAAUCCAGUCAAAGAAGCACCAAAGAUAGUAAAAUAACUGCAAGAAUUGAUUGUCCACUAGAGGGCAGCACUCAGAUGAAAGAGUCGGAAGCGAGGAGUAAAGCCCAAACUCCAGCCUCUGGUAGAGACUCAGUGGCCGACUCUGGGAUGGGAUCGGAGUCAGAAUUGGAUUCGAGCAAGCACUCAGACAGCCCAUCAGAGGAGGAUCCCUCCACACCCAAAGUGUCGACGAGCCAGAACCCAAAAUAUCAGCUGUGCCUGACCAACGAGCUGAAAACCAACGGGUUGAGCGGCCGGGACCUGGAUGGACCGGGACGCAGUGGGUCGGUCAGCCCCAGGAUGUCCCGAUGGGAAACCAGCCGGGUGGGAGCCAACAACUACCGCGGGUCCCUGGAGUCUCUGACAUCCCGGGACUGGGACACGGGUUCUGACAGGGCGGGCGUUAUUGACAGUCCUCCCAGGGUGUUUAACAGUCCAUACACCAUGACGCCCACUACGGACUUCAACCCCACGUACCGCCUGUCCGACUUUAAGGUUCAGGGUGGACUGUCACCUGCCACCUCAGAGAUGAACUUGUACGGCUUCAACAGUCGCAGCACCAGUCCAGUGGGAAUGCCCACGUCCACCCUCACGGCUCACCGGCCCCGUUACUCCGCGUACGACACACUUCUGAAGAGGAGGGCCGAGGUCAACACAACAGUGGUUCCCAACCACUACAGCAUGCGCUCUGCUACACUGGGAGCGCCCAAUAAAAGAGACUUCAUAGAGGAACUGACCAAACAGCUGGACGCCUGCCAGAAGCGGAAUCAGUUCCUGGAGGCAGAGAGUGUGGAGAUGGAGAAGGAAAGGAACCAGAUCAGGUAUGAGAUGCGCGGCCUGCUGGUGAACAAUGAGGACCUCCUGAGGACGAAUGCCCAGCUGACCAACGAGCUGAAGAGGAUGAGAGAGCAGAUGAUAGAGAUGGACAAAGAGAGCCAGGCCAGGGGGGAGAAAUACAGAGAGAUGGAGAUUGAGGUGAAGGAAGCCCGAGAAAUGAUGGUGGAGGCCAACACUCAGGAGUACGCCUUCAACUACCUCCAGCAGGCGCUCAAAAACAAGAUCCAGGAUGCUGAAGAAAACUUGGAGAAGCAGACGCAGCAUGCCAAAGAUCUGGCUGAGAAGCUGUGGCAGGCAGAGCGCCAGCUGGAGGAGCUGGAGAUCGACAAAGACACCAAGGGCAAGAAGACGUCCGAGCUCAACGCCACCAUUCUCCGGCUGGAGGCCGAGCUGAGUGAAGCCAUGCAGACGUCCACGCAGUCCACGGCAGAGCUGCACCUGCAGCAGAAACUGCGUGAAGACGCCCAGCUGAGGGUGGAGGAGCUGGAGGAGUCUCUGCUGGAGAAGGACCAGGAAAUGAUGCGGCUGCAGGCCCUUGUCAGCAGACUCCAAGGAGAGGUGUCCGGUAAGUUGAUUGAUAAGGAGCGGUCGCUGGAGGAGGAGAUCCAGCUGAGAGAGAGGCUGCAGCUGCAGUGCAAGCAGGCGGAAAGGAUGGUGGACGAUCUCACCAUGGAGGUGCAGAGCACAAACCAGGCCAAAGAGGACCUGGCUAAACAAGUCAAACAGGCUCAGGAAAAGAUGAUUGACCUGGAGACGGAUCUGGAGGAGCUGCAAGACAGCGAGCACAGAUGGGUCGCCAAGCACAAGAGAGCUAUCGAGCAGACUGAGCAACUGCAGAUGAAGCUGAUUCAGGAGAAAGACCUGAAUGACACGCUGGAGAUCGAGAAGACUUCCGUCGAGAGACAGCUGCGUGAGCUGCGUCUGGAGGUGGAGGACCUCCGGAGUUCCAGAGUGCAGGAAGAUGUCAUUUCCAGGACAGAAAGCAAAGUCAAAGAACUGGAAAAUGUGCUGAGGGUGGAGGAGAGGAACAAAGCAACUCUGACAAGCACCAUCAGUAAACUGGAGAGGAGGAUCAAUGAGCUGGGUGAUCAGAUGGAGGAGGAGCACCGGUUAGCUACUGAACAGAAAGACCUGAUGAACCAGAGGAUCCGCUCCCUGAAGCGCCAGCUGAAUGAGGUUGAAGAGGAAGCGAGCAGGAAAGAGGCGCAGCACCGCCACACCCAGAGAGAGCUGGGCGAGGAGCGGGAGACCAGUAGCCGCCUGCAGAGACAGCUGCUGGACCAGCACCUGCAGAACAAGCGCAAGGAGAACCUGACGAUCCGCCAGACUCUGAAUGACCUGAGGCUUGACCUGAGCGUGGACGACGAAGACGAAGAUCAGCUGCAGCAUCAACAAACAAAUGUGACCAAAGUUUAAAACCCCUUAAGACUUCACGCUCUCUCAGUAAAAAAUAUGGGUCUAUGUUUGUAUAUCCUCUCUAAAAGCAUAGAACAGCUUAUAUCCUUAAUUCUGCCACCACCAGCUUUUUAUAUGGAAAAGAAAGGGAAGGAAAGGAAAGGACCAGACCAGUAGGUUAGAAUAAAAGUUUAGUUUUGGCUCUUGGUUCCAAUAAAAAAAACAAGUAGAAGAUGAUUAAAUUUGUUGCUGUGUUGAAGUAAACAGGAACACUUGUUAAGUAUUUAUCACUAAUGAAUCACUGCAUAUAUGAUGCAUGCUGAACGAUGUGUACAAAUUUUAACUUUCCAGUUUUUUUCUCUUUAAAAAUAAGUUAAUUCCAAUAUCGUAUUCUUAAAGAGUCCUAAUAAAUUAGGACGAAAUUAUACAGCUGAGUUUGUCUCCCUCCUGUGGUGAACAGGGGGAACUGCAACUUUAAUAUCACUGUACUGUACUGAACUGCAGUUCCUGGUUCCUCUAUGCUCCCUGUUUGUUUGAAUGAGGAAAAACAAAUCUGGUGGAAAGAUGUGGUAAAAUAGAGAGGGAUAUUUUACUGGGGGACAAUUAUGAUUUAGUAUUUUAUAAGGGUGCCUUGGAAGUGUGAAUCUGCUGCAUCAAAAUACAUAACUCCUUUAGGGUGAGCUUUACACAGGCAUAGUUGUAUUUUAGAGGUUUAACAUUUUACAUCUCCCUAGCUGCACGGGUCUGAUGUCUCAGUGGAAAGAGGACUUAUGACUUGCUGGUACAUGAAAUUCAAGCCUUAAACCAUUUGUUUCAUAAUUAGAAGGCUCUUUACUUUAUUUUUUUUUUUUUUUUUUUAUAAGAAGAAACUUUUUGUGUUGGAACACUUCAGUAUUUGGUUGUGGAUAUAUUACAGGUUAAUGAAACACAACAAUCUGUAACUGUGGGAUAACUUAGGGAUCUUCUGCAAGAGAUUAUUUAUAUUGUUAUGAGUGUUUGUUCUUUGUUUUCCUCUUGUGAUUUGACAACUAUUGUUUUUUUGUGCAUUUUUUCAAUAGCUUAUGGGAGGCUUUUUUUAAAUUUCAGAAUUGGUUUUUAGAAUGAAACGUUAAAUAACUAUCAGUUUUAUGUAUUUAAGAUGGUUUUGAUGCUGUUUAAGUACAAGUCACCAGAGUAUCUGCAUAUGAUUUAGAGAUUAGAUUUGUUGCAACAAAGAAUACGUUGGGACAGAAAAUCCAACAUUACGCAGAAUUUGAGUGAGGUAGCUCUCACAAUAAAUGGCUAUAUGGUUGUGGUAUCAGCUGCUUUGUUACAGCUGUUUUUAAAGGAAACACAACCUGGAUAGAAACAAACAGAACUUGGUCAUUAACUUCAACUCUGAAGCAACCGAGCAUCAGUCGCUAAUUUCAGUUUUAUGUAAUGGAUAGGCUAUAUAAUGGAAAAUAAGCUGUUAGUACUUUAGCCUGAAGGUAAACCAGCACGACUCUCAUGUUUGAGUAGAUUGAACUCGGUCCCUUGUUUGUCCAACCGUCUUCCACAUGUUUGCUCGAAGGAAACUGUUGGUAUCAUGUAAAACUGAUGGUUACAAUGCAGUUUGAAUUAUUUUUCAUGUUUACAUUUGCUGCUGUUUUGUUGUUUUUGUCUUUGAAACAAGAUCUCAAAUCAAAGUUUUCUGCAGGAAAGGAUAUUGUAGCUCAACUUUAAACCAUGCUUUGCCUCACUUGUAUUUUAUGGAUUAUAUUUCUCUGCGUAGUGAAAUUUAAAGAAAAAAAACUCACUGGCAUAUUUUUGUAACUAAGUUCACAUUCAUCCUGGCUCUGCUACACUUGGGUAUUUAUUUUUCACAACAAAAUACAAAUAAAUACUUUUCCAAUGUGAAUCUGAAGUGGGACAUUGAUUGAACGCAACAGUUUAAAUUUUGUGCAUACCCCGCCUGUCAAAGUCACAUUUUAUGAAUCGCAGCACCUAUGU